CUUAGACGAACCUGUUAUUGUCAGGUGAACACAAGCAUUGACUUACAAAAAGGAUCCGGCAUUACAGACAUCAUCACACACCUGCAAGUGAAUGUUGUGGUUAGUCUUUAUGGUGUCGCUGGCUCUCUCCCUGAAAGCGGUUCCAGCUUUGAAGAUUGGAGCAUUUAACAUCCAGUCUUUUGGAGACUCAAAAAUGAAGAAUUCGGCAGUAGCUCCAAUAAUGCUAAAGAUAUUGCCUCGUUAUGAUAUCGUCUUAAUUCAGGAAGUCAGGGACACUGAUCUAAGUGCAGUCAUAACACUCAUGGAUGAGCUCAAUGGCCUGGGAUCUGGAGAUGUAUAUUCGCACGUGGUCAGUGACACCUUAGGACGAGACACCUAUACAGAGCGAUACCUAUUUGUUUACAGGAAUGACAAAGUUUCUGUGGAAGACUCUUAUCACUUCCAUGAUCACAACAUGUACACCGGAGAGGACACCUUUAGCAGGGAGCCAUUUGUGGUCAUGUUCAACGCCCCGGGAACAGCUAUCGGAAGUUUUGUGUUAGUCCCAUUACAUGCUGCCCCUAAAGACGCCGUGCGUGAGAUAGACGCGUUAUUCGAUGUCUACGAAGACGUGCAGAACAAAUGGGAGACAGAUAACAUAAUUUUCCUAGGAGAUUUUAAUGCCGCCUGCAGCUACGUGUCCUCGUCUGAUUGGUCUAAUAUCCGUCUCCGUAAUGAAGAUGUCUUCUCCUGGCUCAUCGAGGACUCAGUGGAUACGACUGUGGGAGCGUCAGACUGUGCAUACGACAGGAUCGUAGUUAGUGGCUCUGACUUACAGGAGGCAAUAGUUCCGAACUCCGCCAAAGUAUACAACUUUCAGAAAAAGCACAAAAUGACAACAGAGGAAGCUUUAGCUUUGAGUGAUCAUUUCCCUGUGGAGGUGGAUCUGAAGUGUGCUUGAGGUAGGAUUUCCAAAUUCGACAAGAAGAAGGACAGAAUGUACCCUCCCAACAUGGUGAUUUCAGCUGCAUUUGCCCCGUGUGAUGUCAGGAAUAUACCUUGCAUGCAGCUAUCAGUCUUCGUAUCCGAAAAUUCAUAUACAGUACUCAUCUUCCUUAUAUGUGAAUAUACUAAACACCUACACACACCACCACUACAUUUUUAUAUACACCCUUAUAAAUACACAAAGUGUACAUAAUAUAGAUUAUUUAUCAUUUAAAAGUUGUUAGAUACUAUGAAUGUGUUUCAGAAAUUAGAUGGAACCUUGGUCCGGUCUUUCUGUGACCUCAAAGGCAUUAAGGGCAAAAUGACAACCCUGGCGUUAAGAUGGACAUAGACUAAUGAUGCAUGGUUUGAAAAAUCUUAUUUUUAUUUCUAUGUUCCUUGGCUCCCUCAAUCAAAUCAGCAAGGGACGAUACUGAUUGUACCCUUGAUAAUAUAAAGACUGGACUUCUACUCUCUAUCAAUGAGGAUACUUUUUGAUAGGAUGAAAUUGUUGUUGUUGUUUUUAAACUUGCAACACUGACAAAUGUAGAUUUUGGUGAAAAAGUGCUGUAAUGGAUUGAAUAUAUUUCUUAGCACCAGGAUUUUCUGAAAAUUAAAUUCUAACAAGAGUAGCAAUCACCAUCAAUAGAACCAUCACAGGCUUCCCAAAAUCAUUUGUCGUAUGAUUUUUACCAUUCUUAGAGGCAAUCCAUUCAAAUCCAAAUAUCAGAACUGUAAUUUUUUUUUCUCCAGAUUUUUAUAGUGGAAAAUUUUGAAAU